AUGGAGCUGAGCUAUGGCUAUGGUCUGGCCGUGGCAGCUGGUGGUGCGAUUGCCAGUUCGACGGCCAGUGCAUCUGCUGGCAUGGCUGCCGGCGUGGGAUCUUCCAGCACUGCUGCCUCAAGCCUACUUGUUGGCUCCAUGCUGCCAAUAGGAGGCGCCGUGGCGAUCGGCGGAAUCGGUGGGCUGGUAUGGAUGUUCAGCGAAGAAGCCUGGAAGCAGGUGCUGCUUUUCUCUGAAGCGGCUGCAACUUCACUCCGCGCAGCCGCUUCCCAGAUCCUAGAUGCCACCCAAAAUCAGCCCGCGUCUGCGGAGAUGAGCUCCAGACUCCAAGCAGAAGAUGCUGCACGUGAGUACGUAUCUGAUCUGAUGCGCAAGGCUUCUGCAGCAGCAAGUUCGAAAACGGCAGUUCAUGGCUGGAUCGUCCAGGCAUCCAAAUCCAUUUCAGAGCAAGGCUUUCAGGAGAAGCUCGAAAUCACAUAUCCGAGCUUGCUCACGGCUUUCCCGCAUCGCCCGUCAGUGGGUACGUGGUUGAGGAAGUUGCCCACCACUGCAAGUAAAACGACACCGUCAAGCUUAGCGAAAGAGCUCCAACAAGAGGGCAAUCAGACAUUGGCCAUUUCUCUCUCGGAGCUUGAGCAUGAGGAGUCAGCUCUGGAAGGCUUUGAACGAUUGCAUUUUUUGGGGCGGGGUGCGGACGGCGAAGUCCAUGCUUGCCGGGACCUGCGAUCAACGGAGGUGGUGGCUAUCAAGAGCUUGCGUGGCGAUUCGGCUGAGCAGGCCAGGCGAUGCCUCCGAGAGGUCGAGAUGCUGCGCAUGCUCACGCAUCCCGGGAUCGUACGCCUGCUGCAGGUGCUUUCUCCUGGCCUUCCUAGCUUGACAGAUUCACCGUUCGAGGUGCAUCUCGUGCUCGAGCUUAUGUACACAGAUCUGCGCCGGGUCAUCCAUCGCAGCAUAACCCCGCUCACCCAUGCUCAAAACGUCGAGUUGUUCUUCCAACUGAUCGAUGCCGUCUUUUAUCUGCACUGCCACGCUGUCAUCCACCGCGACAUAAAGCCAUCCAACGUUUUAGUUUCGCAAACUGGCGACAUCAAGGUUUGCGACUUUACGAUGGCGCGAGGUAUCGAUGAGUCAGCGCGUCAGUCAGAUCUUUCACUCACUGUGGCUGUCGGAUCCCCUUACUGGCGAGCCCCAGAGGUCUUGUUGACACAAGGCAAGUAUGGACCUGCAGCUGACAUGUGGAGCUGUGGAGUUGUGUUUGCGGAGAUGUUGGGGCGGAAGAUCCUUUUCCAGUCUCAAGAUGAGUUUCGCGGACAGCUGCAUGUGAUGAUUCGCACGUUGGGCUUUCCUCAGGAGUCCGAGCUUCGCUUCUUGGAUCCCCGGGUUGCCAACUGGUUUAGACAAAACUUUGCGCAGCAUGAGCGGGCGCGGUUGAGCUGGACCUUUCACAUCACAGCGUGCCCAGCCUCGGCAGACAUGCUCAAUGGCCUCGUGAGGUUUUGCCCGCAUGAACGGAUCACAGCCCAAGUUGCACAAAGACACAGUUUAUUCCACAAGCACUGUUGA